AUGACGGAUGAAUCCGGUGGCAUGCAGCAGCGGAUAUCUGCUUGUUCUGAUGAUGGCGAGUCCGGAGCCUUCUCUGCGCUGCUCGCGCGAGCAUUGCUACUGCGCCUGACCAACGGGACGUCGGAACGCUACCUGUUGACUCUGUCGAACAUGAAAUGUGAGGAAUAUGUAGUCGAGAAGGACAAGAAGCAAGGCGAGGCGAAGGCGACGAUGGGUAUGAUGAAAAGGCACAAUCAGACAAUGGAGAAGAAACUUUCCAACAGAUUUUCAGCUCAAUCCGGUCGAGGACACGCGAGACGAUCCUGA